UGCCUGUUAGCUACCGGUGGAGACUGGAGGAUUGUUGUUGUUGUGGGAAAGUACUUAAAAAGUACAAAAAGAGCCUCUAACAUGGGAAACCGAGACGAUGAGUACGACUAUUUGUUUAAAGUCGUACUAAUCGGAGACUCUGGAGUGGGAAAGAGUAACCUGCUGUCCCGUUUCACAAGAAAUGAGUUCAACUUGGAGAGCAAGAGCACCAUUGGGGUGGAGUUCGCCACCCGCAGCAUCCAGGUGGACGGCAAGACGAUAAAGGCUCAGAUUUGGGACACAGCUGGACAGGAGCGCUACAGAGCAAUCACCUCGGCGUAUUACAGGGGCGCAGUUGGAGCUCUUCUAGUUUACGACAUUGCCAAGCACCUGACAUAUGAGAAUGUCGAACGCUGGCUGAAGGAGCUGAGGGACCACGCUGACAACAACAUCGUCAUCAUGCUGGUUGGGAACAAGAGCGACCUCCGCCACCUCAGGGCGGUGCCCACUGAUGAGGCUCGAGCCUUCGCAGAAGGGAACACUCUCUCCUUUAUUGAGACCUCCGCCUUGGACUCCACUAAUGUAGAAGAAGCCUUUAAGAACAUCCUCACAGAAAUCUACCGUAUUGUAUCUCAGAAGCAAAUAUCGGACAGAUCUGCACACGACGAGUCUCCAGGCAACAACGUAGUGGACAUAAGCCUCCCCCCGACCACGGAAGGGCAGAGGGGAAACAAACUCCCCUGCUGCCAGAGCCUGUGACGCUCUUAUCUUCUUUUCCUGUUUUACUCUCCGUCGGUCUUUCCUGUCUUCGCCUCUGGUUUACUUCUGCUGUCAUCAUGAUACCCUCAUGAGUUCAGAAGUCUGUCACACCGAGACAUUCCUUUUUCGUCUUUGUUUUUUCUUCAUUUGUUUGUCUUCCUCUGAUUUCAGAAGAACCUCUCUGUACAAUAAUUUACAACCUCAGAGGAAGAGAGUAGAGCUCUUACGAGGUUGAUCUUGAAGCUGUAACAAACAUUUUCUUUAUAAUUGACCACCCUCCAUGGUCCCAUUGACCCGCUCCUGUUGAGGGAACGGUGAGGGACCAGUAGACCUGUGUAUCAGCGCUUCAGGCGGUUUCUACUCGCCUCCUUUUCUCUGCAACGAUACAGACUUUUGUCACAAUCUCCUACAGUGGAAUCCCAAUUUCAUGUCUGGUUGACCUGAUUCUGCCUAUCACGCAAUACGGGCGUAGAAGAGGAGACGAGAUGAAGGUACCACUGGAGCAUUGGUGUGUACUCUGCUCUGUCUGGAGUUUCUAUUUGCCUCUUUAAUUUUAAUUUUCCUCUCUGAGCCCUGCGCCCACUGUGGCAUGAAAUUAGCAUGAGCCAGGGACCAGACUGGCUGUGAUUGACUUAAUAUGGGCAAGUGGGAAACAAAUGAAGUGUUUUUAUUUGUGUGUGUGAAAGUGUGUGUGUUAAUCCUAAAGCACAAAGAUACCAAAGUUGACGGAUGCAAUCGUUAUCAGUUUUGGUUUUACUCGUUUUUUUUCCUCAAGGCUGCUAAGGUUGCAUUUCAUUGCUGUAUUUGGCAAACUAAUCCAGGCUAUUUGCAAAAGACGUGUUGUGCUAUAUCUCAAAAGCAAUGUUAUGAAUCGCGGUGUGUGAUUUGUUAUUUGUGUAAUAAUAGUGUCAGACUGGAUCGGGCCUCGUGUUCCUCUCUGGAGUCGGCUCAGGUCUUUUAACGGGCUGUCUGGAAAUGAAAAUCUCUUUUGCACUUAUGUCGGAUCAUUUCAGUGGAACAAAUCACUGUUUAUUUUUCAGAUGCACAACAUCUUUAUCGAGUAACAUUUUCCUGCUGGUUGAAAAAGGAAAAAACUGCACUAUAUGUGGUGUUUUUGUCUUAAACAGCAUCUUCCUGUCAUGUACUCAAUAACCCUUUGAUUUCAUUUGACUGUGACAUCUGUUAAAGGGAAGCGGAUAAAGAUGUGUGCUAUCUCAAAACAUUUCAAUGGUAAAUGAACCAAUUAAAAAUGCUCUUCAUGUAUCACUUGCACUCCAGCUGGUUGGGAAAGUGGAACUGAAAAUCAGAAAUGUAAAUUUCUCUAUGGUUGGCUGAGGUGCCCCCUUUUUCACUCACGUGGGCAAAAUGCUUUCAUCUGUGCAGACUUGUUUUGCUACUUUUGCAUCACACAGAAAAUACUGAAGCACAAAUAAACCUAAUCCACAUGACA